CAAUCAACCGAUGAGAUGGAUAAAUCUGUACGACUACACAAAGCAACCGUCCAAUCUCCCCACCUUAAGCAAACAAAAAGCGAUACAGACCCAGAACACCACGUGUCGGUACACAUGUGGAUGAGGUUGCUUCAACGUGUGGUCGUCACAUUCCUCUCUUCCAUGGAUUCCUCCCCCGUCUUCACUCUCUCAGAUAUUUUGGAUUCAGGAUCCUCUUUUCAGUUUAGAGUAGCCAUGGCUACAGCAACUAGGCUUCGCAUUUUCCCACGAAGCUUCGAGCACUGCUUCAAGAACGACCACGGGACCGGCCAGCCAGUCGUUCCCGGACCAAGUUUAUGCCUGUUCCGGUUGGGACGACCCGGUCGGGGUAAUAGUUUGUGUUUGAAACAGUGUCGGUCGUUUAUGAGUGAGGAGGAAGAAGUUGCAGAGAAAAAGGGUGUUGUGCAAAGAGCGAGAAAGUCUCGGAAUUUAAAGGGAAGUGAGGCUAAGCUCGAAAGCGGUAGUCGGUUUUGGAAAUCUUUGAUGACUACAAUUUUGGGUGGUUUUCGAUUGGCUCAUGGGGACGAGUAUGACAGGGCUGUGGCCAAGGUGGAGAAGGUGUUCUCUUCGAUUGCCAUCCAAAUUGGAAGAUAUAUUGUAACCAUGAUGAGCACGGGAGUGAUACUUGAAAUUGGAUUUCUGUUGUCAGGUGGAGACAGUCAAAUGGACACUUUGGUUUGGUAUAGCUGGCUUGGAGGAAUUAUUAUUGGAACCAUGAUAGGAGCAAAUAUGGUUUUAGAGGAACAUUAUCGAGCUGGUCCACGUAAUGUUGUCAUAACUGGAAGCACAAGGGGACUUGGAAAAGCUCUUGCUCGUGAAUUUCUUCUUUCUGGAGAUCGCGUGGUUGUUGCAUCUCGCAGCCCUGAGUCUGUAGAUAUGACUGUCAAAGAACUCAAGGAUAACCUAGAGGAAUUUAUGACCAAGGCAGGUGACUCGUCCAGGAGAAAGCUGCAACAAGCAAAAGUGGUGGGCAUUCCAUGUAAUGUUUGUGCACCUGAUGAUGUACAGAAACUGGCAAACUUUGCUGUCCAUGAACUUGGCUCUAUCAACAUCUGGAUAAACAAUGCUGGCAUGAAUAAAGGUUUUAGACCAUUGCUGCAGUUUUCUGAUGAAGAUAUUAGACAGAUUGUCUCAACGAACCUGGUUGGCUCUCUUCUUUGCACACGGGAGGCCAUGCAAGUGAUGAAGAACCAGUAUAAGGGGGGCCACAUAUUUAACAUGGAUGGUGCAGGUUCUGGGGGAUCUAGUACCCCUCUCACAGCUGUCUAUGGCUCAACAAAGUGUGGACUUCGGCAACUUCAAGCAUCUCUCUUAAAAGAGUGUAAGCGAUCGAAAGUUGGGGUGCACACUGCAUCUCCAGGCAUGGUCCUUACAGAUCUGCUCCUGAGCGGCUCGAGUGUAAAAAAUAAGCAAAUGUUUAACAUUAUCUGUGAGCAUCCCGAAACAGUUGCUAGAACUUUAGUUCCAAGGAUGCGGGUUGUAAAGGGUACAGGGAAGGCAAUCAAUUACUUGACCCCUCCUAGGAUCUUGCUUGCUUUAGUCACUGCAUGGCUUCGACGAGAUCGCUGGUUUGAUGCACAGGGAAGGGCAUUAUAUGCAGCAGAAGCAGAUCGCCUCCGAAACUGGGCUGAAAACCGCACUCGAUUUUCUUUUACAGAUGCAAUGGAGAUGUACACAGAGAACACUUGGGUGUCAGUUUUCUCACUUUCUGUAGUUUGUGCCUUCAUAAUCCUUUCUACCAGUGGCAGCACAUUUAAUGGUACGUGAGUUCUUGGUAGAAUUACAACCUGAAAGAAUCAGGAAUACAUGUAGAUCAGGCAAAUGCUCUUUGGGAAGGAUGUCUACUGCUGUAACUGCAUAGAUCACAAGGUAAGUGAACAACACUUGCAGCCAAUUAGUGGUCUUUAUACCCUGCAUCCUCUACAAACUUCCUUAACGAUUAGGAGUCCAGUUAUAAGUAAUGUUACAUACAGUCGUAAAAUGUGCAAGCGCUGUAUAGUCGUUUUGAAAAAGAGUAUGGUCUAUUAUUAAAAAAUUAAUUUUUUUUCAUGUAGAUUCGUAUUUAUUCACUUUUUUCAAAAUGAUUGUAUGAUGGCGCUUGCACACUCACGAUUGCAAGUAUCAUUUCUCUUCAGUUAUACAUUGAUUCCAAAAAUUUGACCACCCAUGCACAAAGAGUUCAGUAAAUGUUGGGUUGUGUGGACAGAAACAGACAAUAAUUCAUUGAUGAAGCAUUCCAAUGUAAUGUUUCUAUGGGUUCAUAAUGAAAUUCCCUUUCAACAUC